CGAGCAUCUACUUUCGCAGCUUUACGUACUCCGCUAAGCGUUCGGUAGGGCCGUAUCAGGCUUGAUUUAAAAUCUCGCGAGAAGAAAGCGGUCUGGUAUUUGAAAAAAAUGGCGGACGAGGUGGAUCAGCAACAAACCACCAACACUGUAGAAGAGCCUUUGGAUCUCAUCAGACUAAGUCUUGAUGAACGGAUUUAUGUAAAAAUGAGGAAUGACCGAGAACUUCGAGGCAGGUUACAUGCAUAUGACCAGCAUUUAAAUAUGAUUUUGGGUGAUGUUGAAGAGACUGUGACCACAAUAGAAAUCGAUGAAGAAACUUAUGAAGAGAUUUAUAAGUCUACCAAGAGGAAUAUUCCAAUGCUGUUUGUCAGAGGAGAUGGAGUUGUAUUGGUUGCUCCUCCACUGCGGGUUGGCUAACACUGUCGCUCCUUCACUUUGGGUUAUUGGACUUCCAAGACAUUAACUCUCACUCCCUUUAAAUAUUAGGACUAUCCAAUGUUUUGCAGAAUUCCCAAUCCUGAUUAUGUAUUCCCAAAGUUUAUUUGGCAAAUAAGACUCAUUUUCUUCCUCUUGGAGCAAUUAAACAAUUUCAUCAAAUCAGUGGAUUUUCUUGUUUAGUUAAUACCUGUGUUACCUAUGUACAUUUUAAAAUAAAUCAAUUCACUUAUUUUGUAUAUUUGUAUCUAUGAAUGGUAUUCAUGCUUUUCCAGUUCGAUGUAGUUCCUACACAUCAAUAUUUUUGUUUGCUUGGGUAAAUGCUACUCUGUCAUUAAUUGAAAUGCAUAGUUUAAAAACAUCUGGAAAAAAAUCAUAAAUGUCAUCAAAUUUGAUUUAUAUUUAAAUGGAAAAUAGCCAUAAAAGCCUAAUCCAGUAACACUUUGGGUUAAGAAAGGGAACAUUUUGUCCAGAGUAUUAAGGAAUUAUCCAGUUCAUUCAAUAUUCUUAUGAAUGAAAUAUUUGUAUGUGUUUGUGUCUAUUGUUAAUAAAACUAUGGAAAGAAAUAUUGUUAGUGAAAUUGCAGUAUAGUUAAUAAAGAAACAUUUGAAAAUAAAGCUAUUAGAAAAUGGAAGUCUUCUCCAAAUGAAGAAAAAUUAAAAUGGCACAAAAAAAAUAGGGAACCUGUUGCUGUAAAAAAUACAAAAUAUGUAAAUGUAAUUUGCUAAAAUGUCAUGUAGUGAUCUAGAAAAAUCAGAAAAAAAGCAGGAGGAUGAGAAUGUAGAGAAGCUGAAUGAGCCAUUUGUGUCUGUUUUCAUUGUACAUAAUGGAGGAAAGUAUGAAUGCUUUGAACAGAUUUUGUUUUCAAAGAAGUGGAAUUUGAAAAACUGAAAUAAUAGUGACAGAAGAUUAAAUUUCUGAUUGUGUUAAGUACAGAUGUGCAAAUUAUUCCUCUGCAGUAAGCCAGUCCUGGCACUUAGAUUGUCAGCAAUUUUCUAGAAAGU